AUGGAUUUAAUAAAAAUAUAUAAAAAAAAUGAAAUAAUUAAAGACUAUGUAAAUAUUUAUUUUGAUGAUGAAAAAUCAAAAUACAAUUUAAAAAAAAAAAUUAGUUAUAAAAUUCUUCAUAUUAUAGGAAAUGGGGUAUAUGGUGUAGUAUAUAAGGCUGACUGUUUAGAUAAUUGUAGUAUAGUAGCCUUAAAACAAACAUAUCAAAAAAAUGCAAGAAUUUUUAAGGAAAUUGAAAUUAUGAAAAAAUUAAAACACCCAAAUAUUGUAAAAUUAAAACACGCUUUUUAUACGAAUACUUCUAAUGGGGUAUAUGUGCAUAUGGUAAUGGAAUAUGGAAAUAUUGAUUUAGCCACUUCAUUAUAUUAUAUUACUUUAAAAGAUUCUAAUGAAAUUAUUAACAGUACAUAUAAUACUACUAAGAAUAAUAAUAUUAGCAACAAUUCUACUACUACUAAUAAUAUUAAUAAUAACACUAAUAAUAACAUUAAUGAUAAUAAUAAUAAUAACACUAAUAAUAACAUUAAUGAUAAUAAUAAUAAUAACACUAAUAAUAACAUUAAUGAUAAUAAUAAUAAUAAUAAUAAUAGUAAGGUUAACCAUAGUAUCAAUAAUUCACAUAAAAAUGAAGAUGAUGAAUUAUAUUCUAUUAAAAAUGAAAAAUGUGAUUUUAAUUAUGAUGAUACGAAAAUAGAAUUGAGAAAUUCAAAAAAUAGGAACGUCAACAAUUUUAAUAAUAUAAAUGAAAUAAAUAACCAAAAUAAAGAGAAAAUUAUUAAUGUAUAUGAUGAUAAUGAUAAUAAUAGAAUUAGUAAUAAUACUAAUGUUAAUGAUUGUAAUAAUUUAAUAAAUAAUUUUCAUGUAAAUGUUUUAAAUGAAAGUAUAAAUAAUAUAUGCCCAUCUCAUAAUUUAAGUGAAUAUAUUAAAAAAAAUUUUCUUAAUCAAAAUCAAAUAAAAAUAUAUUUAUAUCAAUUAAUUAGAGCAACGUUAUAUUUGCAUAGUCUUCGCAUUACACAUAGAGAUAUUAAACCUCAGAAUAUUCUUAUUUUUCUAAAUAAUGCAAAUAAUAACAUUUCCAAUAAAAGUUGUGAUAAUGAAAAAUGUGUGAUUUGUCUUCAAAAUUCUUUUGAACAUAAAAUUAUUAUGAAUAAUAAAAAUAAAGAGAAAAAUUCACAAAAUAACAAAAAAAAAAUUAAUGAAAAUGUUAUUACUGAUAUAAACAUAAAUAAUGAUUUACAUGAAAAUUUAAAAAAAGUAGGAAAAGUUGUAAAUGAUAACGAAAAUCAGAUAGGAAGAAGAGGAAAAAUAGAAAAUGUUAAUAAAAAAAAAAAUAAAAAUUCCGAUUUAAAAAAUUUUUAUUUAGAAGAUAAUGGCAAAUCAGCAAAAAGCGAUUACACAUAUUCAAAUGAAGAAAGUAUUAAAAAUAAAUCAAGAGUUGAUGAUCUAGAAAAAACUAGUAUAAAAUUAAAAAAAAUAAAGUUACAUGUAGGAAUCCAAAGGAAUGACAAAAAAAAUGAUGAUUCUAUUUUUUAUGUAAAUAAUAAAAAAGAAAAUGUAAAAAAAAAAAUAUCUUUAGAAAAAAGUAAAGGUAUUUCUUUUUUUAAUGAUAAAGGAAAUACUACUACUAAUAAUAAUAAUAUAAAAGAGAAGCAUUAUCGUAGCAGUAAUAGCAGAUUCAUACAAUUGAAAAAUAAAAUAAAUAGUAGUACUAUAGAAAGAAAAAUAAAUAAUUUUAAUAAUAGUUUUGGAAGGAUAAGAAAAUCAAGGAGUUUGACCAAUUUAAGUGAAGAAAAAUCAAGUGUGUUGGCAAAUAUAAAUGAUAAAUAUAUAUACACAACAAAAAAAGAUUUUAAAAAAUGUUUUAAACGAAAUAAAACAGACAUAACUGUGUCACGAGUGAAUAAUAAUUCAAAUUUUGGGAAAACUGGAAAUAAUUUUAAUGAUAUAAAUAAUAAUUUCAUGAAUAAUGAAAAUAAUAAUGAAAUAAAAAAAAAAAAAAAAAUUAUAAAUCAAAAUUUAAAUAUAUAUGAUAUAGAUUUAUGUGAGCAAAAUGACAAAGAUAAAACAUACAUGAGUAGUAUUAUGUAUAAAUACAUAAAAUUGUGCGAUUUUAAUUCUUCUAUUAAAUUAAAAGAAAAUUAUAAAUAUUUUAGUUACGUAUGUUCAAGAUAUUAUAGAGCACCUGAAUUAUUAUUUGGAUCAAAUUACUAUAGUCAGGAAAUAGAUACUUGGUCAAUUGGAUGUGUUAUGGGAGAAUUGAUACUAGGAAAACCGUUAUUCUUGGGAGAUUGCGCAUCAGAUCAAUUAGUGGAGAUAAUAAAAAUAUUAGGAACACCUAAUGAUGAAGAUUUUUUAUCAUUUAGAAGUGUUUAUAAAAAUGUAAAAUUCCCAGAUAUAAAACCAAUAACUUUAAAGAAAUUAAUAAAUCAUAACUGUUCUAAAGACAGUAUUGAUUUAUUAAGUAAAUUACUUCAGUUUAAUCCUAAGAAGAGGAUCAAAUUAUGUAACGCAUUAUUGCAUAAUUAUUUUGAUGAUAUUAGAAAUUUAAAAGUUUUUAAGGUUUUUAAUAAGCAAAUUAGUUCAGAUAAUAAUUUCUCUUUACCGUAUAAUACUAACUGCUUUAAUUUUACAAAAGAAGAAUUGUUACAUUUUACUGUAGAAGAGAGAAAAAUAUUAAUACCUUUAGAGGUGCGAAGAAAAAAAAUAGAUGAAGUUAAGCAGUAUAUAAAUAUGUCUUUGGAAAAUUUUGAUAAACUAUACCCAAAUAAAAUUCAUUUAACAUGUUAA